GUAAUCAGCUCUGAUCAGCAAAGUGUGGCACAAGCUAGUCUUAUCAUUUUGUUUGACAUUUUUUCUCCCUUUAAUACACAAUAAUUAAACAUGAAAACACGAUUCACCACAGCGGAUAUUAGGGCUGUUAUCGCGGAGAUAAAUGCCAACUACAUCGGCAUGAGAGUGAACAACGUGUACGACAUCGACAACAAGACGUACCUCAUUCGGCUACAAAAGCCUGACAGCAAAGCCAUUCUCCUGCUUGAAUCGGGCAUCCGGAUCCACUCCACAGACUUCGAAUGGCCGAAGAACAUGAUGCCUUCGGGCUUUGCAAUGAAAUGCCGCAAGCACCUGAAGACACGACGGCUGACACAGGUGAAGCAGCUCGGCAUUGACAGGAUCGUCGACAUUCAGUUUGGCUCUGAUGAGGCCGCCUAUCACCUGAUCGUAGAGCUCUAUGACCGGGGUAACAUCAUUCUUGCAGACCAUGAGUACACCAUCUUGAAUCUGCUGCGAUUUCGCACAGCUGAGGUAGAAGACGUCAAGAUCGCUGUGCGGGAACGGUACCCUGUAGAGAGCGCACGACCCCCAGAACCGCUCAUCUCUCAAGAAAGACUCACUGAAAUCAUCAGCAAAGCACCAAAUGGAGAGCAAGUGAAAAGGGUGCUGAACCCUCACCUUCCUUAUGGAGCCGCUCUGAUAGAACAUUGUUUAAUUGAAACUGGACUGCCAGGCUCAGUCAAAGUUGACAGUCAAGUGGAGGCUUCCCAAGCUGCACCUAAAAUCCUAGAAGCCCUGCAAAUGGCUGAGACAUACAUGGAAAAAGCAGAGAACUUUAGUGGCAAAGGCUUCAUCAUUCAAAAGAGUGAGAAGAAGCCAAGUUUAACUCCAGGGAAAGCCAGCGAAGAGCUGCUUACUUAUGAUGAAUUUCAUCCGUUCCUCUUUGCCCAACAUUUAAAAAGCCCCUACUUGGAGUUUGAUACUUUUAACAAGGCGGUAGAUGAGUUUUUCUCCAAGAUGGAGAGCCAGAGGAUCGACAUGAAGGCUUUGCAGCAGGAGAAGCAAGCCUUGAAGAAGUUGGAAAACGUCAAGAGGGACCAUGAGCAAAGACUGGAGGCCUUGCAUCAAGUUCAGGAAGUGGACAGAGUGAAAGGUGAGCUUGUGGAGAUGAACCUGACCGUGGUGGAGAGGGCGCUGCAGGUGAUCCGCAGUGCUCUAGCCAACCAGGUGGACUGGACAGAGAUCGGUAUGCUCGUCAAAGAAGCGCAAGCCGCCAGUGACCCCGUGGCGUGUGCCAUCAAGGAGCUGAAGCUGCAGACCAAUCACAUCACCAUGCUUUUGAAGAAUCCGUACAUUAACGAGGAAGAGCCGGAGGAAGAAGUCUUGAAGGAGGCCAAUGAGGAGAAGGGCAAGAAAAACAAAAACAAAGACAAAGGACAGAAUAAGAAGCCGCAGAAGAACAAGCCCAUGCUGGUGGAUGUGGAUCUUGGCCUGUCAGCCUACGCCAAUGCCAAAAAGUACUACGACUGCAAGCGCAGUGCUGAGAAGAAGGAGCAGAAAACGAUCCAAGCAGCAGAUAAGGCCAUGAAAUCCGCAGAGAAAAAAACCCAGCAAACCCUGAAAGAAGUCCAAACGGUGACCACCAUUCAGAAGGCCAGAAAGGUUUACUGGUUUGAGAAGUUCCUGUGGUUCAUAACCUCUGAGAACUACCUCGUCAUCGCAGGAAGGGAUCAGCAGCAGAACGAGAUGAUCGUCAAGCGCUACCUGCGGGCCGGCGACAUCUAUGUCCAUGCUGACCUCCACGGUGCAACCAGCUGCAUUAUCAAAAACCCCACAGGUAACCCCAUCCCCCCUCGUACCCUGACAGAGGCGGGUACCAUGUCUGUGUGCUACAGCGCCGCCUGGGACGCUAAGAUAGUCACCAGUGCUUGGUGGGUCCACCAUCAUCAGGUGUCCAAAACGGCUCCUACAGGAGAGUACCUGACCACCGGUAGCUUCAUGAUUCGAGGGAAGAAAAACUAUCUUCCGCCUUCCUACUUGAUUAUGGGAUUUGGCUUCCUCUUCAAGGUGGACGAGCAGAGCGUGUUUCGGCACAAAGGCGAGCGUAAGGUAAAGACAGUGGAGGAGGACGUAGAGGACGUGGCGUCCAGAACCGCUGAGCUGUUGGAGGAAGGGGAGGAGCUGAUUGGUGACGAUAGCGGUGCCGACGAUGAAGCAGCAGGAGGAGAUGAGGACACGGGAAAUGGCGAUGGCGGUGCACCACAAACGGAACAUGGCUUGGAGUUAGAGGAGAUCAAAGAGGAAGCGAGUGAAGAAUUGAGCUACCCCGAUACGACCAUCGCCCUCACUCACUUGCAACCCAACAGGAACUCCCAGAACCUCUUCAUCUCAAAGGAAGAGCCCCCUCAGGCUGACGUCCACUUGCCAGGGAAGAAGCACAUGCCGGUGAAACAAAGACGAGAUGAAAAGAAGAAGAAGCAGAAACAGGAGGAAGUGGCCGACCCGGACAAGAACACUGACAUCACAAGCGCAGCACCUGACGUGGACCCCGGCUCUAAAAGUAGCGCCGGCCCCUCCCAGGCGCCACUGAAGAGAGGCCAAAAGAACAAGCUGAAGAAGAUCAAAGAAAAGUACAAGGACCAGGAUGAUGAGGACCGUGAGCUCAUGAUGCAGCUGCUGGGGUCGGCUGGUUCCGCAAAAGAAGAGAAGGACAAGGGAAAGAAAGGUAAGAAGGGAAAAGCGAAAGAGGAGCCUGUGAGGAAGCCCGCCCCUCAGAAGCCUCCUCCGAAGCCUCGCCAAGAGGAGGUUGUGGCCAAGAGACCACCGCAGACGGCAGGGGAGGAUGAGGAGGCUGCUCCUGUGGAACAAGAGGACAAGGAGGAUGACGUGGAUCCAGACAACCCCGGGGCAGAGGAAGCAGAGAACCUACUCACCUCCCUAACAGGACAACCUCACCUUGAAGACGUAUUGAUGUUUGCGGUGCCCGCCUGCGCCCCCUACAGUGCACUCUCCAACUUCAAGUAUAAAGUCAAGCUGACGCCAGGCAGUCAAAAGAAAGGAAAAGCCGCACGAACUGCACUUUUGAGCUUCAUGAAAGCCAAAGAAGCUUCAGCGAGAGAAAAGGAUCUGCUACGCAGUGUUAAGGAUGUCGACCUGUCCAGGAACAUGCCCGGCAAAGUGAAAGUGUCUGCUCCCAACCUGCUGGCUGCCAAAAGGAAGUAAGAUGUGUCGAUCAUUGACACUGGACACUUGAUACAGACUCUGAUGACCAAAAUCCGUCUUUGGAAUGGAGACGAGGAAUCAUGUGAGGAACAAAUUUCUUUUUGGGUGCAUUUCAUGUUCUCUGUUUACGCCCACAACAUUAGGCACACCAGAUUCAAUGAUAACUUUGUAAAAAUUCUCUUUAUACAGUAUGUCCUGCUGUAAAAGGAUCAUUUUGUGUGCUGUGGACCUCAUAAAUAGACAUCACGGUGGUGGCUUAGAAGUUCAAAACACUAACAAAAAGCAAAACAAAUUACAAUUCCACCACUCGGAAGGUCAAUGUGCCAAAGUCCAGAGUUACAGGAAGUGAUAACGUUUGGACCAGUCCGCGCCGAGUUUGCGGUGCGUUCCUUUUUCCAUUAAUGUUGGUGGCCAAGAAGUGCAAAACAUUAACAACCAAACGUAAAACAAGUGAGAAUUCCACCACCUAGGAGGGGAUUGUACUACAGAAAUCAGACAGGAAGUGGUAACAAUAGGAGUUGUGGAGGGUGUUGGCAUCAUGAUUUGCCCGUUUUGUGGCACAUACAAGAAAGAACAGAUGUACUACAGGGGUCCACUAAACAUUUUAAUGAGGGCAUAACAUGGGUACAAUCCCCUUCCAGGUGGUGUCAUAGUGUUUUGAUGUGCCCCAACAUUUACUGGAAAAGGAACGUACCAACUCCCCAAACAUCCAAAAGCUGGUGCAAUUGUAAUUUGUUUUACUUUUUGUUAAAGUGUUUUGCACUUCUCGCCACCUUAUCUUGCUUUUACUUUAAGUUUAUAUUUAGCAAAUAAUUUUGUGAAAAAAUUGUGGAAGUAUAAAGAUUUAAAAUAUUUCUUUAACACAUGGUGGCUAAUUGGGCCAAAGCUGAUCCUAAAUACAGGAAGUAAAAUAAAUAUAUAUUUUUAUUCAUUA